ACCAUUAAAUGCCUUCAGCAAGACCUAUAUGGUAUAAAGCUCGGCCAAAAGCCGAGCUCCGAGGGUUUGUUUACCAGCGUUGCUACGGUUACCGUAUCACACCAAAAACUGGUGUGAUUGUUUGCAUCAAAACUUUAAUUCAAGGCUUACUGUAUGUUCACACCGCACAUUGAAACGUGUCGCACGGCGACACGAGCCAAUCAGUGUUCACUCCCUGUGGGUAACGUGGGUGAAGUAACGUAAAACAGCCAAUCACCGACCAACCGGCUGGGCCAACCGUUCCCUGCACUCCGAGUGAACUGCAGCUUGGAGGAGAAAGUGAUUGUUGCCGUUUGCGACUCCCGAUGCUCUAAAUAUAAUAUAAUAUGUUAUAAUAUAUAUAAUGCUCAUGGCUCAGCUGCUCAUUAUUUUAUUUUACCUUCACCUUGCUUUUAUGAUUAGAGCUUUUUUAAUUCUCUACCCUAUCAUUCCAGAUACUGCGGGAACUGUAGCUCCAACAGCAUUUUUACAUAUCAGGAAGAUGCAGCUUAAGCUCCGUGAGGCCAAGAAGAAGCUGCACACAGUCACAGAAAAAAUCAGUGACCUGACUAAGGAGAGAGACUCCCUCCGCCAACAAGUUGGUCAAAAUACAGAUGACGGUGGGACAAUUGACACAUCUUCCUCAGCAAACUCGUCUCCUGGUGCAUCUUCUCUCUCUUCAUCCUCCAGUCCAUCCAACUCCUCUUCAUCCUCUUCAUCCAGCUCCUCAUCCUCAACUGAUUCUUCAGAUUCAGACAAUAAGAAAAGACGCAACAAGAAAAAGAAGCACCACCACCAGAGUCACAAGAAAAGAGACAAGAGGAAGAAAAAAGAGAAGAAAAAAAGGCAACAUGGCAAGCAGAGAGCACGUCAUCCUGAGGAGGUCAUCAAGAGAUACAGGAAAGUCCUUAAAGCGUACAAGAAAGGAAGAAAGCUGAGUGUGGCAUAUCGAAAGGUCGGUGUCGACCGAAACACUGUCGUCGCCAAUGCCCUGAUCUGUGAGCUGGCUGUUGUGGCCCCCAAGAAAUACAAGGAGUUGCUGGUUACUUAUACACCACAGCAACGACUGCAGGACUUUGCAAAAAAAUGUCUGGAAGUGUUGAUUAAUGAUCCAAACCUUUUGAGGGAUGUUGAGCAUCAAAAGAAAAAGGGAAAACUGAUUCCACUGUCUAAGAAAGCUUAGGUGUUUGUGUCACUGUGGGAUGGGGCCCUAGAGCAGUUCGGUUGUAGCUCAGGUCUGGUUCACUAAGUAUAGAGGCUCCAAGUUGUGCUCCAAGUUCAUAUCAAUAAUGCCAAUGGCUUGAUUUUGAUUUAUUUUGUUUUCUGCCAUGUUUUCUGCCAUGUGAUGGCUCAGUAUGUGUGUUUCUAUACAUUAAACACAAUGUUCAACAUUUCAUCUGUGGUGUUUCUUUGGUCAAAUACAGUACACAGAAAAGCCUAUGGGUGGAACAAGGUUGAGGUACAAAAAUUAGAUAUUUUAAAUUUCACAUCAAAUUUCUAUACCUUGAACUUGUUCCACCCAUUUGCUGUUCUACAAAGUUUCACUGG